AUGCUUCCUGUUGCAGCCGUCAUCUACCUCGUAAAAUACUGCGAACUUGGAGUUGCUUUUCUAAUAUUUCCGUAUAGAAUUUUUCGUCCAAUAUACGCAAAAAUACAAAAGACUGGAGGUACCUUUAUACAAAGCCACCCAGGCGAAUAUUUUACUUUGGUGCUUUGGCAUUUGACGAACUGGCCUGCAUUUUUAUACCAAUGCUUUAUCGUAUUACGGUUAAAAAAUCACCUACUCAAAACAUGGAUUAGGAAUUUGGAAAUUGCUUUAAUUGUGGAAAGGAACAAAGUAAUGCAAGAUGGUGCAAAGGAUGUAAAUACAAUGCCUUUAAAGAAAGUUUUAUAA